AUGGUUAAACAAAAGAAAUCCUUAGCAAUUAGAGAUGAUAACGCAUUAGCAGAACAAAAAGUUCUAGAUUAUCUAAGAAAACAAAACCGACCUUAUAGUGCCACUGAUAUUUCAAACAACCUUCAUGGUGCCGUUACAAAAACAAUUGUGCAAAAAGUUUUAACAAGUUUAGUAGAUAAAGAAGAGGUUGUCUGUAAAACUUAUGGAAAACAAUCUGUUUAUGUGGUAUCGCAGGAUCAAUUCGAAUCUCCGUCACCUGAUGAACUAAAUAAUAUGGACGCGGAAAUUGAAGAUCUUAAGAAAGAAGUCAAUGAUUAUAAAGAAAGAAAUAAGCAAUUGCAGUCAGUGUUAAGCGGGUUAACUAACUCAUUAACGAAUGAACAAGUUGAGGAAAGGCUCAAAACCUUAGCAGAAAAGAAUAAUAGAAAUGAAGAACGGUUACAAGAAUUAAAAUCAGGCACAAAAUCUGUGUCUGUUGAAGACAAGAAUCGUAUUGAAGCGAUUUAUGCAAGGAAUAGGAAACUUUGGAGGCAAAGGAAGCGAAUGUUCGAUGAAAUUUUCUCGCAGAUCGCGGAUGCCAUAGAAAAAAAGACUAGAGAACUUAUGGAAGAUUUAGGUGUUGAGACAGAUCCUGAUGAACUUAAAGAAGAUCCUUUCGCAAACUGA